AUGGUUUCCCAAGCUACAACCGAAAAGGUCAAGACCUUGAUCAAGACCAAGCCAGUCUUCAUUGCUUCCAAGAGUUACUGUCCUUACUGUAAGGCCACCAAAGCUACCAUUGGUGCUAUUACCCAAGAAGCCUACGUCAUUGAAUUGGACGAAAUUGCUGAUGGCGCAGAAAUCCAAGAAGCUUUGUUCGAAUUGACUGGCCAAAAGACCGUUCCAAACGUCUUCAUUGGUGGAGAACACAUUGGUGGUAACUCCGAUGUCCAAGUGUUGAAGUCUCAAGACAAGUUGGACGAUAAAAUCAAGGCUGUCUUGUAA